GUGAAGAACAGAACCAAGGCAGAUUGUCAUUCUGUUACAGCUACUCACAACCACUUUGUGAAGCUCUCCCUUUGCUUUCCAGAAACAAAGUGGGAAUGCAGUCUCCGGAGGCAGAAAAGCUUCAACAUGUUAAAUUAGACUCAUUAUGCAUUUUCAUAAGCUUAUUGAUUCUCCGCUUGAGAGUGGGGGAAGAGAAGAACAUCAUGAAAGAUGACAGAAGACAGUAAGCAGAUCUAUGUUCAACUGCUGCACUCAAAACCAUCCUCACAACAUAAUUUCUGGAAUCAGUCAGUUCUGAAAAGGUGCUUAAAACAUGCUUUUUUUAAGGCUGCAUCACAAAUUAUACUCCAUCUUCCAGCAAAGGUCAAAGAAAAUGUUAUUGUACACCAGUCAUCCAAAAGAAGGACCUCUAAAUAUACAGCAUCACGAUGGCUGUUCUGUCCUACUAAUGACAACAGGCUACUUUGUGUUUCAUGGUUGUAAUGAAAAUGGAAUUUUGAUAUCCUGAAUAACAGAGUGGAUUGCUAACAAAAUAAUACAUACAAUAGUAAUUUAUUAUGCUGAAGACUAACACAGUUCAACAAAAUUAAAACUAUGCUACACCAGCUACAAAUAAAUUUCUCCUCCAGAAUUAUUAAUCCGUUGGUGCCAGAUGCUUUGGAAAACUAAACAAUACAACAAUCCAAAAGAACAAGGGUAAAUUAGAGAAGACAGCCAAAUAAGGCUUUUAACACAUUUCCAUAUUAAAUUUUAUGCCACAUAAAUCAAGCGAAAUACUUACUAAUGGAUCUAAUUUUUCAUUCAGGUUUUAUAAACUGUGCAGUUUCUGCUUCAUUAGUGAAAAGCAAAAUAAGUAACAGAUGUUUCCAGCUGAACUGUGUGAAAAGGAUUUCCUCAUGCUCUGGACACAAUGUAGAAAAUCCAUUACUCACAAUUACUGGGCAGUGGAUCUGUAGGAUAGCACUUCUACGUGUAGCUAAGGAUGGCUGCGGUUCUAUGAACCAUUUUGUUACACUUCACUAAAAAGCAAAGAAAACCAGUCCUGGACAGCGACACCUCAUUUUUAAACAAGUAUUCUCUGUGGAAACAUAAGACCAAAAAUUAGUACUUCAAGUUCUGCACACUGCAAUUAAAUGUGGCGUCCUGGAUGGCUUUGUCAGCUGUUACAUUGACUAAAUAAAAUUAAAUUGUAUAUACAGAGACCAUAUUAAAUCCUUUAGAACUCUAAUAUAAAUCGUUUACUAAUAAAAAUACACACUUUUUUCUACAUAAAGGAUUGGCAAUGGACAUAGGAAAAAAUCAAGGAAACAGAGGAAAAAUGUCAAGUGAAAACCUUUUCCCACAAAGCAAAAAAAAAUUCAAAAUCCAGUACUACAGUGUGCCCAGUUUGACAAAAUAUUAAAAGUUUGUCAAUGGCUUCUUGAAACUGCAAAAAGUAGGGUACGUACAUGACCAUAUGCAAGAGAAUGUGUUUCCUUCUCAUUCUGAAAGUCACCAUGCAGCCAGAAUACAACAUUACAGUGCGAGAUGAAAUCGUUCACUUCAACACAACUAUGUACAGAACACUACCAUACCCUCUAAGUUUUCAGGCUUCUCUCACAGGAUUUCUAACACUGGAAAUUGUGCUGGGUCUUAGCAGCAACCUGACUGUACUGGUGCUUUACUGCAUGAAGUCAAACUUAAUCAGUUCGGUUAGUAACAUUGUCACCAUGAAUCUUCAUGUACUUGACGUGAUUAUCUGUGUAGGAUGCAUUCCUUUGACGAUAGUCAUCCUCCUACUUUCACUGGAGAGCAACAGUGCCCUGAUCUGCUGCUUUCAUGAAGCAUGUGUGUCAUUUGCUAGUGUAGCUACAGCAGUCAACAUUCUUGCUAUCACACUAGACCGUUAUGAUAUUUCUGUAAAACCAGCUAAUCGAAUUCUGACAAUGGGGAGAGCGAUCAUACUGAUGACAUCAGUCUGGAUUGUAUCUUUCUUUGCUUUCAUGAUUCCUUUCAUGGAAGUAAGUUUUUUCAGCCUACAAACUGAGAAUAUAUGGGAAAAUAAGACAUUACUGUGUGUUAGCGUCAAUGAAUACUACACUGAACUUGGAAUGUACUUCCAUCUUCUUGUGCAAAUCCCAAUCUUUUUCUUCACAGUCAUAGUAAUGUUGAUUACUUACACCAAAAUUUUGCAGGCACUAAACAUUAGAAUAGGCACAAGAUUCACAAGUGGACAAAAGAAAAAAGCUAGGAAAAAAAAGACUCUCUCUUUGGCAACACAGCAGGAAACUACUGAUAUGUCACACAGCAGUGGAGGGCGUCAUGUCGUUCUUGGAGUAAGAACUUCAGUUUCAGUAAUAAUUGCUUUACGACGAGCAGUAAAACGGCAUCGUGAAAAACGAGAGAGACAAAAAAGAGUUUUCAGAAUGUCUCUGCUUAUUAUUUCAACAUUUAUCACAUGCUGGACACCCAUUUCUGUUCUGAAUACUACCAUUUUAUGCUUGGGUCCAAGUGACCUUUUAGUAAAGUUAAGAUUGUGCUUUCUAGUUAUGGCAUAUGGUACGACUAUUUUUCACCCAUUACUCUAUGCUUUCACAAGACAGAAAUUUCAAAAAGUCCUAAAGAGCAAAAUGAAGAAAAGAGUUGUUUCCAUUGUGGAGGCAGACCCUAUGCCAAAUAACGUUGUGAUACACAACUCAUGGAUUGAGCCCAAAAGAAAUAAAAAAGUAAUGUAUGAAAACAGUGAUAUGAAGCAACGAUGCCUAGUACCUCAGGCUGUAAGUCAUUAGUGUGCCUGGCAAACUGUGAUACAAUACACUGAAACCCAUUCAGCUGUAAAUAUAUGCAGCCAUUUAAGGUAGAGAAUACCAGUGUUACAUUUCAGAUUUCACUGUAAACAGAUAAAGCACAGGAAUUAGGACUAGCAAAGUCAACAUGUUCAUCUUAGACAUGUGUAUAUGAUGCAUGAUGGUAUAAAGACACAGAGCAUCAUUCUUUGCAUAUUUCCUUUUAUGUACACAUUUCAGCAAUCUAAACACUAAUGUACAUAUGUCUUUUUAUAAAAAAAAAAUAAAUAGCCUUAAAUUACUACUCUUCCUAAAAUUUUAAUAGAGAAUCAAUGAUGUAUACCAAAGAAUCUUUUAGAAAUUUUUAUAAUACUAUUUAGGUGUAACAUCUACAAAACAUCAUUCAGUAGCAACAUUUGUACAUCCAUUAAUUACAAUUACUGACAAUGUAUUAUUUUGCUAAAUGGAAAAGAAUGGUAUUACAGUGGUCUACUGAUAAAUACUUUAGACUGUAGCUGAAAUGCGAUACAAGAAAGCUAAAAAAAUGUUAAUUGUGCACUGUUAAAUAACUUGAUCUGACAGUACUUGAGGGUUACAUCACUUUGUGAACCUCACCACAUUCUUUUUUAUAUUCAGAAGCAAAACUCCUGCAUGUUUUUACACAAUACACUCACAACUGACCUCCAUUACAAUAAUAUGCAAACAAAAACUCGCAUUACAAAUCAGUCUAGUCAAUGUGUCACUUCCCUCAUAAAAAUGAUACUGCCUUCCCAAAUGGGAAUCUGCAUUAACAGAAAAGAAAGUACAUGCAUGUUUUGAGUAAGUUUAUCUAAAACUUGCACUGACAAUCACAAAAAUGCAAUAAAGCCCAGAGGAGAGAAAGACAUUAAGUUAUAUACCCAAACCUUCUCAUUAUACAAAAAAUAAAAAUGUGGCCAGAUUUUGUUUGGAGACGGGAGCUAAUAGUGGAAGUCAGUAUGAACAACCAAGCAUUUACAGACAGAGAGAUGCACUUCCUAGGUUAACCAGAAUAGGCACUGGAUGUGGCUGUAUUCAUACAUGUAUAAGUAACUUAAUCUAUUAAGAAAUAAAGCACUCAUGCGACAACCUUA